CGGAGCGGGCGGGAGUCAGUGCGCUUUGCCGAUGGAUAAUCCGAUGGUAAGGGAGAGCAUGUCGGAUUCGAUCCGUAACGUGGCAUACGUAGAUGUCAGGGACCCACAGGUUGGUCCCACGACAGUCGCGUCGCCGCUACAAUCCCAUGCGGUACCCGCCGGUAUGCAAGACAAAGCGCAGCUGUUGAUCGCGGAAGAAUACAAUCCGAGGGGACCGAUUACUGCUUCGACGAACCAUAGAUUAUUACUACUCAUAUUUUUCUUGCUGUUAAUCUCAUCUCCUCUAUCUCCAUCUAAAUAUUCUCGCCUCCUUUUAAGCGGAGAGACUGCUACAAGCCCUCAACGAACGCACAAGACCCAGACAUUUCUCACUUGAUUUUAGGGCUGACACUUUCCGGUGAAGACCGCAUCGGCCGUCGCGCUACAUGGACGGCUCGGCCGCCCCGACGAUCUCCCCGCCUCCAGGUACCCCCAGGCUCCCCUGAUCCGCAGGUGAGGUGUCGCGUCGCCCGUUCCUUGUUCGGCUUCUUUACAAGAAGAAGAGGGAGGGAGCUUCGGCGUUCUCUCGUGGUUGGGUGGGGGCGAUGGCGCACCGGAGCUUGAGCAGGGUGAUGAGUUUCGGGAUAUCGGACUCGGCGUUGGAGUUCGUGCUGGGGUACGUGGAUGAUCCCCGGGACCGGGAGGCCGUCUCGCUCGUGUGCAAGAAGUGGUACCAGAUCGACGCCCUCUCGCGGAAGCACGUCACCAUCGCCAUCUGCUACUCCACUAGCCCUGACCGGCUGCGGCGGAGAUUCCCCAACCUCGAGUCCCUCAAGCUCAAGGGCAAGCCCCGUGCCGCCAUGUUCAACCUCAUACCCGAGGACUGGGGCGGCUACGCGGGCCCCUGGGUCAGGGAGAUCGCCGAGGCUUUCAACUGCCUCAAGUCGCUGCACUUCCGACGGAUGAUCGUCAAGGACGAGGAUAUCACCGUGCUGGUCAAGGCCAGAGGUCAUAUGCUCGAGUCGCUCAAGCUCGACAAGUGCUCUGGGUUUUCCACAGAUGCCCUCCUCCUCGUUGCGCGUUCCUGCAGAUGUCUUAGAACACUGCUUUUGGAAGAAAGCUCAAUUACUGAGAAUAAUGACAAAUGGAUUCAUGAACUUGCUGUUAAUAAUUCUGUGCUCGAGACUUUGAAUUUUUAUAUGACCGAACUUAGAGUUACACCACAGGAUCUCGAGCUACUUGCUAAGAACUGCAGGUACUUGGUUUCCUUAAAGAUCAGUGAAUGUGACAUCUAUGAUUUAGUUGGUUUUUUCCACUUUGCAACGGCAUUGGAAGAGUUUGGUGGGGGCUCAUUCAAUGAUCAACUCGGAGAGGUCAAUACGUAUAAGAAGAUCCAGUUUCCUCCCAGGCUGUGCUGCGUAGGUCUCAUCUAUAUGGGGAAGAAUGAAAUGAGCAUAUUAUUUCCAUUUGCUGCAGCACUUAAGAAACUGGACUUGCAGUAUACAUUGCUCAGCACCGAGGAUCAUUGCCAGCUGAUCCAACGUUGUCCAAAUCUAGAAGUUCUCGAGGCGAGGGACGUGAUUGGAGAUAGAGGAUUGGAGGUGGUUGCUCAAACAUGUAAGAAACUCCGAAGGCUCAGAAUAGAGCGAGGGGACGACGAACAAGGUCUAGAGGAUGAACAGGCUCGGGUUUCCCAAGUCGGUCUAUCGACUCUAGCUCAGGGAUGCCUUGAAUUGGAAUACCUGGCGGUAUAUGUCUCUGACAUCACAAACGCAGCUCUAGAAUGUCUUGGCACUUUCAGCAAAAACCUUUGUGAUUUUCGUUUAGUUUUACUGGACAGAGAAGAGAGGAUAACAGACUUGCCCCUUGACAAUGGUGUCCGUGCUCUGCUGAGAGGUUGCACCAAGCUUAGGAGAUUUGCUCUUUAUCUGAGACCUGGAGGUCUCUCAGAUGUUGGUCUUGGUUACAUUGGCGAGUUAAGUAGCAAUGUUCGGUGGAUACUGAUGGGUAAUGUAGGGGAAUCUGACCGUGGAAUGAUGCUGUUUUCACAAGGAUGCCCACAGCUACAAAAGCUGGAACUGAGGAGCUGUUGUUUCAGCGAGCGUGCUUUAGCCAUGGCAGCUUUGCAGCUACCUUCUUUGAGAUACCUGUGGGUGCAGGGAUACGUUGCAUCUCCUACCGGGAGAGACCUUUUGGUCAUGGCCCGUGAUUUCUGGAACAUAGAAUUUAUACCGCCGAAAGGGACCGAAGUCAGGACAGGAAACAUAGAGAGUCAGGCUCAAAUUCUUGCUUACUACUCCCUUGCUGGAAAACGAACAGACUGCUCGGAGUCGGUAAUUCCUUUAUACCCAGCCUGAAAUCUACAUGUGCUGCCUUUUGUUUAACUUUGCUGUUUCUUUUUGUCCUACUAUAUCUCCUACUACGGUGGUGGAUGUGGUUCUGGCGAUGAACAUGUCUAUCUGUGUUGUCUGUAUCAGUUUGAUAUUUCGAGCAGCUGGUACUCUAAUAAGCUGUCUUCUCCGUUGUAAGCCGAUAAAUGAAAGUACUUUUGUGA